AUGGCGCUGAGGAGGGGCACCACGCUCACUCGGUCACUAAGCACUACUAGAUGUACGAAUGUACUCAACAAAUUCGAUUUUCCAGCUAUGUCUCCUACUAUGACUGAAGGUGGUAUCGCUGGUUGGAAGAUUAAAGCAGGCGACAAAUUCAGCGCAGGCGACGUUUUGUUGGAAAUCGAAACUGAUAAGGCCACCAUCGACGUCGAAGCCCAGGAUGACGGGGUUCUCGCAAAGAUCAUUCUCAACGACGGCGCAAAAGGUAUUCCUGUUGGUGCUCCGAUCGCUGUGCUCGGUGAGGAAGGCGAUGAUAUCUCAGCCGCGGACGCCGUGGCAGAGAGUGCAAAAAGUUCUCAGGGAGAGUCAGAAGGUGCAAAGCAAGACUCAACACCACAACCAACCCCAGAACCGGCACAAAGCACACCCGAACCUACACCUAAAGACACCCACGUAGAAUCCACCAAACCAUUAUUCCCUUCUGUCUCACGUCUCUUGAUCGACAAUGGUAUAUCAGACCCAAGCGCUAUCCAGGGCACCGGCAGACACGGUAUGCUUACGCGUGGUGAUAUUCUGUCUCAUUUGGGUAAGAUUGACAACCCACGCGGCUCAAUGAAGCAGGUUGCCGACAAGCAGGCCAAGGAAGCUGCUGAAUUCAAGCCAUUUGAAGGCCUGUCUGAGAAGAAGGAUGGUAAGAAAGAUAGCAAAGAUGACAAGCCACUCGACUAUGUUUCGAUCCGUAGCAUAAUCACAGCUGGCUUGUCUAAGGGAGCUGCUAAGAAGGGUGUGGAGAAGAAGAAAGAGCAAUUGCCCUCAUUUGACGACGUUAUCGCACCAUACCUCACACCUAACCCCAAACCAAACGAAAAAGUACAAGAAAGACCAUUCGCUGGCACAAAGAAGAGCGCGGAUUACUUGGAAGGGUUGUAUUAG